GGACUGCUUGUCAUUAGUGUUCAACACUCACGAGUCACGACCACACCACCAUCUUUCCUCCUUGUCAUCAGUGUUCACUUCGACGGUGACGACGCCAUUUCCGCUGCCAUUGCCGUUCCUUCACCUUCACACCACCUUCGUUUUCUCCAUUUCGAGCUUCGACUUCACUGCUUCAACAGUGACGACUACUCUACUCUGCCGUUGCCGUUCACCCCCUUAACCAUCAACGUCGCUGUUACUCGCCGAUCACCGGAGUCUCCAGUCACCCUCACCACUUGUUUCACAAAAGUGUCUCAAAGCACAUUGACAUAGAGUUUCAUCACUUUGAAAAACCAGCUUGAGAACAAAAAAUGGCUCCAGAGGAGGCUGUGAUUCCUGAGCCUGCAAAUGGCUGCAGCAAAUGCCAUGAGUUGAAGAAGAAGUGUGAGAAGGUUGUAGUGGGGCGGAAUGCUCUUCGCCAAGCUGUCAAGUUCCUUGAAAAGGGAAUUGAAAAUCUGAAAUCUGAGAAUGAGAAGCUCAAAAAAGAUAUUCAAGAAGAACAAGCACAGAGAAAAGUUGAGAUAGAGGGAAAGCUGGAAAUAUCCAAUGCUUUUGCUGCUUUAGAGAAUGAAGUUUCUGCCUUAAAAUCUGAGAUUGCUGCACUGCAGCAGAAAUGUGGUGCUGGUGCUCGUGAAGGAAAUGGGGAUGUGGAAGUUCUGAAAGCCCCUGGUAUAUCUGAUACUGAAAAGGAAGCCAAUAGCUUGAAAAAAGAACUUGUGGAGAAAGAAAAGAUAGUAGCUGAUUCCGAGAGGAAGACUUCUGUGGACGAGAGAAAGAAGGCUGCGGCGGAAGCAAGGAAGUUAUUGGAAGCUCCGAAGAAAAUAGCUGCUGAGAUAGAGAAGCAGAUUGCGAAAGUCGAACUUCGACAAGUUCACUUGGAGCAACAAGUUAAUGAAAGAAAAAUGAAGCUGGCUUUUGAGCUGUCAAAGACUAAAGAGGCAACCAAAUGGUUUAAAGCUGAAAAGAAGAAGCUGUUAGUGGAGAAAAGAAAUGCUGAGUCAAAGAUGGAAAAAGCUCAGGAGAGGUCUGAGGUUGAAAGAAAGACGGCCGAUAUGGAAAAACAUAAGGCAGAGGAGCAGAAGAAGCUUGCUGAAGAUAAAUUACAGCUUUUGGCAGACAGUCUACAGCUUCAAAAGAUACGUGCGGAGUACGCGAGGGAAAAGCUUAAGCGUGAAAGGAUGAAGGCUGAGCAUGAAGCACAUCGUCGCCGCAUAUUAGAGCAUGAAUUACACCACUUAAAGCGUGGUUACAUUCAAUUUCUUGAUCAACUUGACUUCACUAAGCUUGCAAAUUUAUUGUAUGGAGAAAUGGAUAAUUUACACGCCAAGAGUGAUAGGGCUCACAAGAAGAGGAAGAAAUCUCAUUGGGGUAAAGAUACUUCUGUGGGUGAAAAGAAGGAAACAAAGGAGAUGAAAGCUGGAGUCUGUGAGGAUGCAAAUGGCUGCAAACACUAUAUCUUUCCCGCAUCAUAUACUCCCAUAUCUCAAGCAUGCGGGGAGAGGAUAUUUGAUGCAUUAAAUAAUUUUGGUGAUGUGGUGAAUGGCAAUAUUAUGAAGUUGCUACACUUAGAAAAUGUUGCUGAUGAGGAAUGCUUUAGAAAAGCAAUAGAUGAGCCUUUGUCGCCAUUUCUUCCGGAGAUAGAAAUGUUAGAUAUGGAUAAUCUGAUGCUUUUGGCAGAGUAAGCACUUCUUGAAGACUUAUUAUUUGGUGCCAUUGAUGUUGAGAUAUAUUCCAAUGAGAGAAAAAUUGAUGCCUUUUCAGUUCCUUCUAGCAGAUUAGCACACAUCUCAAAUUAAUACUUUAAGAUGUAAUUAAUACUUUCAUUCUGUUACUGACCUUAGUCAUUGAAAACUCUAUUAUGGGAAAUUAGGUGGCCUUAGACCUUAGUUAGGUUUCACUUAGUUGAGAGCUUUUAAACAUGGCUCCUGUUGCUCUCUGAAAUUGCACACAACUAAUUCCUGGGAUAAUUUAUAUAGUUUCUAUAUUUAUUUGUUUGGCUUUGCUUGAUCUAUCAACAUGCUAUU